AUGAAGGUCUUUUCCAACUCCUGCACGUUCAACUACUCCUGGGAGGAGGUCUCGACCGCCAACUGGCGCAAGUACUGCCCAUGGAACGACAAGAGCCCUCACGUCAUUGCCGUCGACACCAUCGCUCGUGAGGUCGACCCAGCCACCGGCAUCCUCCGCACAGAGCGCCUCAUUACCUGCAAGCAGGCCGCCCCGGACUGGCUCAAGUCCUUCUUCGGCGGCAUGGACACCAGCCAGGUCGUCGAGACUUCCUACGUCGACCCGGCCUCCAAGACUGUCACCAUGGUCUCUCAGAACAUCACCUGGUCCAACCUCGUCCAGGUCCAGGAGACUGUCAUCUACAAGCCCCUCACCGCUGGCGUCACUCAGUUCGAGCAGUCCGCUCGCAUAACCGCCCUCUGUGGUGGCUGGCAGCGUAUCAAGAACAGUAUCGAGGACCAGCUCGUCACCCGCUUCCGUGAGAACGCUCUCAAGGGCAAGGAGGGUUUCGAGUGUGUCCUCGAGAUGAGCCGCCGCGUCUUUGCCGAGGAGCGCGAGAAGGAGCGUCUGCAGGCCAAGAUCUGA